AUGGACACCAAUCUACAAGCUCUGGAUAUGAGUCACUUUCCAGCGAUACUGCAACAAAUCCAGCAACAACUUACUUUGGUAACAGAGAAAGUUAACAAGCAUGAGGACCUCCUUACACGUUUGGCUGCUUUGGAACAAGAAAACAAGGAUCUGAAAAAAAUUUUACAAGACAAGGACCUGGUUAUUCAAAAAUUACAACAAGGUCCAGUUACUAGUCACACCACUUCUCCUGGUUCGGGUCGACCCAAGGGGGGCGAAAGUUCCUCUAUCCCAGUGUCUCCAAAGCCUCUCAAGGAAGCUCCUAACUUCGCCCAAAUCGCUACUGCUGCUGCUCACAAGCCUGAUCCUAAGAAAAAAGACAAAAAACGUCUUGCUGCUGGCCGUGCCUUUACCACUCCUGCUACCAAAGGUGUCCAGGGCUAUCAGUAUGUAUAUAUUGGUAGAUCCCGAAAGAUCCAACGUUCUGAAGUGCGUAAGCAUCUAGCUAAUGCUAGUGUUGAUCUGGGUCGUGUCUUGGAUAUCUGCUUUCCUGCCUCCCAUAUUAUUGGUGUUCUGUUGCACGUUCAAUACGUUGAGGAAUUUACUGCUUUAUUGACCAAGGCUAAGGGUGAACUGUUUCCUGCUUUUGAUCCAUUGGACCCCAGCAAUAUUGCUGAUCCCAAGUACGCCAGCCUCUCUGAUGAUGAUCGUCAUGCUCUGAUCCACCAAUUUACUGAAGCUCGCUGCCUGCAAACUUUGUCCUUCCUCCGCCCACUUAAUGUUAGUGGUGUCGGUAAGUACUUUAUACAGAAAGGUUGGAUCUGCGAUAAAAGUCUCUCUGUUGCCGUUGCUCAGGCCGUUGAACGCUUUGCUAAGAAGGAGCCCAAAAAGGCUGAUUUCCUGUUCCGUCGCAAGCUGAACUCUGAUUCCCAGGACAAGGCUGGAUCUGAUAGUGAUAUGUCUGAUGUGGAUCAAUAA